AUGACAACCACCAAGUCGAUCGAGUUGCCGCCUCCAGCGUCCGCAGUCCCUCACAACUACGAUCCGCACGACUCGAUUCCAGUGGCAUCCAGAGUUCAUCGAAAGGAGAUCAGCGCUUGCAAAGUGCCGCCAUUGGAGCUGCAGCACGAUGAAGCUUUUCAGCACACACCCUUGCAACAAACGCCGCGCAGUGCCAUGUUCGGGUCCUGUACCCAAGCAGCAAGUAUCGUGAUCUCGGUGUUCUUUGAAGUUAUCAACCGCAGUGGCUACCGUACUGACCCGACAGCUCAAGACAGCGUGAUCACCCGUCAAGCCAAAGUCCUGUACGUGUCACUGCUCGAGAGUGUACAGAAAGAACGGGGGGAGUGGCAGGGGUUCUCGUUCAACACCAAAGCACCGGAGCACUUGAGCGUCCCAAGUCCUCGGGAGCACCUCAUGUCGAGCUUAAGUCCAGACGCUGCCACUGCUGACCAGUGUAGUGUGCUCAACAAACUGCUCGAAGUGAGUCUCCGUAGUCUCAUGGGUCCGUUUGUACCACCGGAGCUCUACGCUCAACAUAAGAAGGUGCUGCUGUGUGCAAGUCUGGCCGUUCCGCCAGCAUUCACGACAUUGCUAGCGAUUCGGGAGAUCUUGAAUUGUCUCGAGCGCGACGUGCGACACUGUUUGCUGCGGUUGUUUGCCUUAUGGGACCUCACUGCACGCGUGAGGGGCAGUGAGGUGCAACCAUUGAUGAAGACGAUCACGGACAACCAGCAUUACGUCUUUAGCAAGUCUUUUGAACGUGGCAGUAUGACUGCACGGAAAAGCGAACGACAGGACCCUGUUGCGACGCACCUCUUGCUGACAAUGGUGCUCUACCGGGACGUUUUGUUCAGCGACAUUGAGUACAUCCCGACGAAACAAGAGCUGCAAAGUCAUGCCAAGCUGCUUGAAAACAGUCGGAACAACGCUUGGGCGUCCGACACCGAGUCGAAGCCUACAUCCCUGUUGGAAAAAGACCACGACACGUUCUCGAGCGAUGGCGAUAUCAGUGGCAGCAGCGACGACGACAACAACUGGAGAGUGUGUGAUAGGAAGCGAUGGUGGCGGCAAAGUGCCGUCUCAAAGCACCAGCUUGCGUUUCGAUCCCGGACCUUGUCGUCCGGACCAUUCCUGGUCAACGAUCGGGAGUCACAAGGCGGCGAGACCGAUGAGAGUAGACGAUCGCUCCCGAUGCCGAGUCGCUAUAGUUCCCGUCGUCGUUUGGGUCGAAAGACAAUGAGAUCACGAAGCAUGUCGUCGCUUCCUUUGUCAAGAGGAACCGAUCCACUGGUGUCAGUGAAGCUGUCAAACAGUGUUGAUGGCAUCCUGCCCCCGUACAUUUUACCGCGGCAAUUGAGACUCUCCAAGCGGAUACCAACCGAGUAUCGCAAGUCUUUGUCAAGGAUGCCAGAGGCUCCCGUACCAAACAGAACCAUUCGAGCGGACUCGGGGACUCUGUCCAUGUCGAAGAAGCUCUCACAGCGCAGUUCAUCGUUGCCUCAUAGUCGCACGAGCGAGCGAUGCGAGAAACAUGAACAAGAUGUGGACACCAUCAGCGAGUCGUCAACCGCUUCUGCGAUCCACCGAGGGAAGAGUGCAAGAAGGAAAAAGAGCUUGUUACAUCAUCCAUCCAUUCGCUAUUCAGCUGCAGACCAAGCGAUGCACGAUGGUGUGUACCAGUUCCAAGAGCACGAAGUUCCGGAGAGGCGACAGAAGCCGAGAUACCUAUCGGUGGCGGCUUCCUACAUGACGACCCCAGCAGCUGCUGCUGCGACCCUGUGCGUCCUCGCAUCCAUAGCCACGAUCGCCAUUGUUGGGAUGCGCAAGGCCCCGAACAGUUGA